AUCUCUACCCAAAAACAUAUAAAAAAAGUAAAGCUCAUCAAAAUCCCUAAAAGCUCGUUCCCAUGUCUUGCCACAACAAUGGUAAAGCCUAACCCAUUUAUAAUCGUCGAGUCCACCAGGUUUUCGGCUUUUGACCCAUUCAAGGUGAAAAAUGUUGUUUGGCUAAAAGCUCUGAUCUUCUGUAAUAAAUUCACAACUGCGUUUUCAAACUCUUUGUCAAUGGAUUCCUUCCCAAAAUCUUUGAAUCCCAACAAGCACCUCAGAGAACAAUUCGUGAGCAAUUUGCCUGGAUCUUCCAUGCUUGAAGUCUCCGCGCUUUUGAAUAAUGUAGCUCUUCUAAUGCUUUUGCGGCACACUUUCUGCUCUCAAACAGUGAAUGAUGCUUGUAGGAGUUUAAAGUCUUACCUAGCCUCAGUAGCUUUGGAUUAUGUCUUCCUUGUUCUACCCACACUUUUAAUUUUCACUGUUCUAGCAGAGUGGGUAUACAUAUGCAUGAUUGGGUUAUUGUUAUUGCUGGUCUUCUUUACUGCAGUCAAAAGAACUUACUCUUUGCCUUACAUGGAAGGACCUAAUGCUUCAAGGGCAAGCAUAUCAUCUUAUAGGGUUGUUACGAUGUUUAUCACAUGCUUGUGUAUCUUGGCUGUUGACUUCAGAAUAUAUCCUAGAGAUUAUGCUAAGACAGAGACUUACGGGACUAGCUUGAUGGACCUUGGAGUUGGCUCCUUUGUGCUAAUGAAUGCUGUUACUUCACGGCAAGCACGAAACAUCAAAUCAUCAAUGAGUUGGUGGAAGGCAGCCUUUAAAUCUACAACUCCGCUACUACUGUUAGGAUUUGCUAGACUUGCUUCUACAUUGAGUCUAGACUAUCAGGUACAUGUGGGGGAAUAUGGAGUCAACUGGAAUUUCUUUUUCACACUUGCUGGUGUAUCUAUCCUUACAUCCAUUUUAAAUGUUCCCGCAGAAUAUUCUGGAAUUCUUGGUUCAGUAAUUUUAGUUGGGUACCAAAGUUGGUUGACUAAUGGGCUAAAUGUUUAUCUUCUUUCUAAUGAAAGGGGUACGGAUGUCAUAAGCAGAAACAAGGAGGGAAUUUUUAGCUUAUUUGGAUACUGGGGUAUGUAUCUUGUUGGUGUUCAGGUCAGCUACUAUCUCUUCUUUGAAAAUCAUACUACCAAGCAGAGAAGCAAGCAUGAAACACGAAUCAGAAUCUGCCUUCUUACUAUUAUGUUUUGGAUUUUAACGUUGCUUAUAGACAGAUAUGUUGAAAGAAUUUCACGUAGAAUGUGCAACCUGGCUUAUGUUACUUGGGUGGUGGCUCAAAAUCUACAGGUAUCUGAAGAUUGACUAUCAACCAUGACACUGCUAGGAAUUUUUGGGUUCGAAUUACCAUGUUUGUUCUCUAUUAGCCUCUCAAGAAAAGUUCACUCAGAAACUUUGUUAUACAAAUUGAACCCUUGCCUGUGUACCUUUUUUGGUUGUGUCUUUGGUUAUUUUGCUUGUAUUUGGAUAUUAAGAGACGGAGCAACAUAGGUUUUUGGUAUACUUGAUGAACAUAGAUGCAAUUACUUACACAAGAUAAUCGAAAUGCUUGUUGGUGUUUCAAUUAGUGCUUCAAAUCCGAAUAAUAGAAAAAUGUCCCGGUCCCUUUGAAUGGUGAUGGAUGUGUAUAGUUUUAUUGUCUACUAUCACAUGAGUUGCAUAGCUAACAAAAGGUUUACCAAUUGCUUCAGCUAUUAGCACUGCGAUUGCUUGCCGAUAACAUCAUCGGGCACAAAACUUUAUGUCUUGAAAGAGCAUUUGACCGAAAUUUAUUGGCUUCCUUUCUUGUGGUAAAUUGAACAUCUCUCUUUUUGGUAAAAGUACUAUGGAGGCUCUUUUACCAUAAGUCAGAUUGCAUUUUGCCCUCUCUACUCGAAAAAUGGACAAAUUAAUCCGUGUAUGUUAGAUAAAAAAACAAAGCGAUCUUUGUGUUAAAAAUUUCAUCCAUUUUUAUUAUUAAAAAUUGAAUCUUGUAUGCUAGAAUGAGGUACAUGUGACACACUACGUGUAACUGUUUGGUUAUUCCGUCUAUUAUGCCAAUUUUUAACUGUAGAAAUGGAUAAAAUUUUUAACAGAAAUGAAUUGUUGGCUCUUUAAUUUAACAUAUAGGGACUAAAUUGUCCAUUUUUGAAGUAAAUGGGGAAAAAUAUAAUUUAACUCCUAGUACAGGUGCCUCCAUAGUACUUUUACUCCCUCUUUUUUCAUUCAUGUAUGUGCUUAAAGACUCCUUUAUUGUCGGGGAUCAUCAUCUUGCUAAAAAAUAAAUAACGGUAACGGGUUUUCUCGUAUUUGAUCAUUUAUGCAGGCAAAUCUGCUAACAGGCCUGGUAAAUUUAUCUGUGGAUACCAUAUUUGUGUCACCAUUAUCAGCUGUUUUGAUCUUGGUUUCUUAUUCUUUGACAUUGUGUGUUGUCAUGGUACUCAUAGAUUUUUCUGGGGUGAAAUAUAAAUUUUGGUAGGUUUAGGGAUUUGUGUUAUACAAUACAAAAACAUGAACCUAUUAACUUUGGGAUUUUAAUUUUAUGCCUUUAUGAACUAGGCUCCUUUUUGUUCCAA